GUACCACCGCGAGCGCCCGAGCGCUUGGCAAGCCUUCGGUAUGACCCGGUCCGUGUAGUCGGCCAGUUUUUGCGCGUUUUGGCAGCUUCACGUCUUUCUUUUUCUGUUGUUUUAAUCACCUCACGUGUUUUCUGAAGUCAGUCACUCGACAAACGAGUCGCUCUAGUCUAUUUAGGCAGCGCACUCGGGAAAAAGAUGCCACCGUCGCAAGAGCGCAGUGUGCCGAUUUGUCCUGGCUACUUCGACGAGCUCGUUGGCCCCACAAGAGCCAGAUAUGUGAAGAAGUUAGAACUUUGCGACAGUGAAGAUCCGUACGAGCUUUGCGUCGGCGUGGACUCGACGGCCGACGCUGGUGUUUUCCCCAACAUCACGCACGGAGACAUGGUCAAUUACCUGGUGUUCUCCGUCAGCUACGCGACACUUCAAGAGAUGAAGGCGUUCAAGUCCCUUGAAUCGCACAAUUACUUCACCAGUGGUUGGGUGAAAGGUCCCUCGGCGCGUGGAAUGAGCGGCGACAGGACCCUUUUGCUCAGCGAGGUGAACCACUCCCAAAGGCUAAGGGAGACCCCAGCCAAGGUCUGGAUCGUUGUGCACGGUGAUGGCAGCAUCAUAACUGCCCACUGCACUUGUAUGGCUGGAGCCGGAGAAGCUUGCUCGCAUAUUGGUGCCAAACUCUUCGCCGUCGAGACAAUUGUGAGAAUCAGGGACUCGUCAACCUGCACCCAGAAAGAGGACAGGUGGCUGCCUGCCUACACAUCGACUGUGGAAUACAAAGAGGCUGCGAGAGAUCGACUUCUCUUCGGCUAGGAGCAAGAAGAAACGCCUUCAAGGGUGCGGUGAGGAAGAGGCUGUUGCGAGCA